AAAAAAAAAACCAAAAGUCGUUUGAGUACUGAAACAGCGACUAUAAGAUCAACGCUGCGACUUUUUCCUUGACAACAAACGCUUCAGUUAGAACUCUGAAGAAUCUCCCGAUCGACGCUGCUACUCUGUGAUUUGUCUGUACUGCUGGUGAAGAGUGGAUUCAUGCAGUUUGGGUUGUACCGUACAACACCUUUAGCAGCAGCAGCUAGGUUGUCUUCAGUAUUGGGAAAGAUGACCACCAACAGAGGGAUGAAAUCGUCACCCGAUGCCAGGAAAUCGUUGACGGACAAUGAACGAGGACAACCGUCGAUAUUGAAUAUGGAAGAAUUUCCUUCACUUUCUGCUACUAAAUCCAUUCCUUACAGGAAAAGGAGAAAUAAAAUAGAUUUAAUCACUACUUCGGAACGAAGAACAGAGGCGGUGGUGGUUCAGAACAUUGGUCCAUUGCAUGGUGAAGCAUCAACUUCGAUAAACGACUCGUACGACACAUCCUUGCCCGCCAAUUUUGGAAAGAAGACUCCCCCUUCUUUUUGUAGAAAACCGAAGCCUGGUCAAAAUUACCAAGAACAUGAAGUAUCAACUUCGAUAAACGACUCGUACGACACAUCCUUGCCUGCCGACUUUGGAAAGAAGGCUACACCUUCUUCUUUUACUAGAAAACCAAAGCCUCGUCAAAAUUAUCACGAACAUGAAGCGUCAAAGAGAAAUUCAAACUUCUCACGUGGAACUGACGUAGAUGAACCUUUUGAUAUAUGCUUCACCGAACCUAGAAAAUCCAGUCAUCGUAGAAAUUCAUCACAUGAUAAAAAUAGUGGAAAGUGGGUCCAAAAGGUACAAUCUUCUGAAGAGAAUGUGCAUUUGGAAGAUAUUACGGAGAAAAUUGAUGAUGUGGAAUACUCGGUUAUAGAACGUGGGGAGGUGUUGAGACCUGGAAUGGUAUUAUUCAAGAGUUAUAUACCCAUUUCUGAGCAGGUGGCAAUUGUAAAGAGAUGUCAAGAAUUUGGUCGUGGUCCAGGUGGUUUUUACAGACCUGGUUAUGAAGAUGGUGCAAAACUCCGCCUUUACAUGAUGUGCCUUGGUCUCGAUUGGAAUGCUCAGUCAAGAAAAUACGGAGAUAUACGCCAACACGACAAUGUUAAACCACCUCAUAUUCCCGAUGAAUUUACUUCGUUAGUCACCAAAGCGCUCGACGACUCUCAUACUCUAAUCAAACAAAACUUUCCGACAGAAAAUGUCGAAGACGUACUUCCUAAAAUGUCACCAGAUGUGUGUAUAGUCAACUUCUAUAACACUAAUGGCAGACUUGGUCUCCAUCAGGAUCGUGAUGAAAGCAAAUGCAGUCUUCGAAAAAGGUUGCCUGUGGUUUCUAUAUCUGUUGGUGAUUCAGCUGAGUUUUUAUAUGGUGACGAGAGAGAUGCUGAUGUGGCGGACCGCGUCCUACUUGAAUCGGGUGAUGUGGUGAUAUUUGGGGGUGAAUCCAGGCAUGUUUUUCAUGGGGUGAAAAGUAUUAUUCCGAAUUCAGCUCCUCGUGAAUUGCUGGAAAAUACCAAUCUUCGCCCUGGUCGACUCAACCUUACCUUUAGAAAAUAUUGAAAUAAAUUUUCUUCUGUUUUUUUUUUAUCUUUUAAUAAUUUUAUUGAUGUUUAAUUGUUCACCA